UUACCCAAUGGCGACUUUGAGCAGGGGCCAGACGCGUCCCAGAUGAACGGCACCAGGGUGAUGAAUCCAAACUCCAUACCCCACUGGGAGAUCUCAGGGUUCGUGGAGUACAUCGGGUCCGGGCAGCAGCAGGACGACAUGAUCCUGCCGGUGCCGGAAGGGGCGCGCGCCGUGCGGCUGGGCAACGACGCCACCAUCCGGCAGCUGCUGAGCGUGACCCGGAAGAAGACCUACUCCAUCACCUUCUCCGCGGCGCGCACCUGCGCCCAGGCCGAGAAGCUCAACGUGUCCGUUGGCCCGGAGUCCGGCGUCCUCCCCAUCCAGACCGUGUACACCAGCAGCGGCUGGGACUCCUACUCCUACGCCUUCAGGGCCAGGCACAGCACGGCGUGGCUCACCAUCCACAACCCCGGCGUCGAGGAGGACCCGGCGUGCGGGCCCCUCAUCGACCUCAUCGCCAUCAAGACCCUCAGCCCUCCGCGUCGCGAGAGAGAGAGUGGAUACGGGUUGUCCCGUGUGCUUGCAGGUAACAUGCUGCGGAACGGAGACUUCGAGGAGGGCCCGUUCAUCUUCCCGGACACUGCGUGGGGCGCGCUGGUGCCGCCGCUGGACGAGGACGACGUGUCGCCGCUGCCGGGGUGGACGGUGAUGUCGGACACGAAGGUGGUCAAGUACGUGGACGCGGCGCACCACACGGUGCAGCGCGGCGAGCGCGCCGUGGAGCUGGUGGCCGGCAGGGAGGCCGCGCUGCUGCAGGAGGUGCCGACCGCGCCCGGGUGGUGGUACCGCCUGUCCUUCUCCGUCGGGGACGCGGGCGACGGGUGCGCGGAGCCCCUGGCCGUGGAGGCCUACGCGGCGCGGGCGGCGGCGAGGGUGCAGCACGAGUCCCGCGGGACGGGCGGGUCCAGGCGCGCCAGCCUCGAGUUCGCCGCGGCGGAGAACGCCACGCGCGUCGUGUUCCAGAGCUCCAACCACCACAUGAAGCCCGACGGGACGCUGUGCGGGCCGGUCCUGGACGACGUCGCCCUCGUCAGCGUGCGCCGCCGCGCGGCGCGCCGGCUGCUCUUGUAGUUCGCUCAGGAGCAGAUAUUUUUCAGACGAUCCGCGUCCGCUGCUAUGCCGGAACAUAUGCGUGUACUUGCAUCUGCUGGUGGAGUUGCAGUGGUAGUCCG